GUCGCCAUAGCAACGUUUACCAAACAGACCGCGGCGACACAGACACCUGUUACUUUAAUGUUAUCUUCGUGAUCAUACAACAUUUAACAUCUAACGGUUUCUGCCAGGAACUUUGAUAGAGCAUACUCUUAAAAUGGAAGAAGUUGACAAGGAUCCGGAAGAGGAGCCUGAACCUUCUGUGUGUGAAAAUCAAGAGGCUAAGAACACGGUCUCCACACAGCAUAUGGAAGAAGACCCCGUGAUGGAGGCCCAUGAGGAGUUCAAUGAGGAGCCCUGCCAGAGCCAGCCUCAAGAGGAGGAGGGGGAGGAAGAGGGGGAGGGGGAGGAGGAGGAGCAGCAGGAGCAGGAGGAGGAGGAGGAAAAGCUCAUCUCUCCUCAGAGGAUGGUCCACCUGCAGAGAGAUUUGAUGACGUCAGUCACCAACAUCCAAACUGCAGCUGACGCCAAAGAGUCCAUGCGAAGGACAGAUCUGGAGGAAGCUCGGAGAAUUAGGUUAGAGCGGCUGGAGAAUGAUCACAAAUCCAGUCAAGAAAUAUUUCAGGAGAUCACCAGAGGCUGGUCGGCAGCGAAGCAGAAGGUGAUCCCUCAGGAGCUCCAGGAGGCCCUGAACAACCAGCAGGAGUUAUGUGCUGCUCUCAUACAAGACAAGAAAAAACUCAUAAAUGACCUGCAACAGGAGCUGAAAGUUGGAGAUGAUCGUUUUGUGAAGGACUUGAGAAAGCAGGAAGAGGAGCUGGACCUGAUGAUGGAGAUGAUGGAGAACCAGAUCAAAACCUUGACAAAGGCCUACAGGGAGGAGCUGGCCCAGAUUUCGAGACUUUAUCAGCAGGAAAGUGACGUCUUACUGACAAAAGACAAGAAUAAAUGGGAACAACGCAUGAAGGAACUUUGGGACGAAGAGCUGGGAAGGCUGACGCAGAGGAAGAAAAAAGUGGAGGAGUAUGAAGCAAUAAUUCACAAUAUAAUGUUGUCGAUUACCAACAGCUCUUUCAAGAAUGAAAACAAUGUGAAGUUUCAGUCUCUGGAGAGAAACCGUGAACAGAUCAAGUUCAAAACAAUGAUCACAAAUCUAAAAAAAAUAAAGUCAAACGACCAGAUUGGAGAACACCAAAUCAAUCUGAACCGUAUGAAGAAAAGGAUCUCCAGUCUGCAAAAAGAAAUGAAAAACCUUUGCAUUAAGUCUUCCCGUCAGGUAAAUCAGUUUAACAAAAAUAGCAAACAUUUGACUGAGGAAUACAAACGCAGCAUCCAGCAAUAUGAAAGCAUACGGAAGAAGAUCAAGGACGCUGCCAUUUCUGAUGCUAGACAAUUUGAGGAGAUGUGGCUUAUGAUUGAAGAGGAGGUGAAGCAACUAAGGGAGAGGGUUUUGGUCAUCGACUCUCAGAUCUGCGAGCAGCACCUUGGUUUAGCCUGGGAGCGACCCCCCGUGGGAUUCAUGGAGCUCUCUGGUCCCCUCCAGCCUCAGAAACCUCUACGGAGUGGUCAGGGACCCAGGCCAGAGGUCGACACUGAGAGCACGGAUAUGGAAGUGUACAAGGGAGCGGGAGCGGUGCCGAGUGACAGUGGUGCAGAGGUGGAGGAAGGGAAGCUGUCGAUGGAGACGAUAAAAAAAGUGAUGGAGCUGCUGUGUGACGAGACGAGCUUCCUGAUGGAGGAUAAACUCCUCAACCUGCUGGCUUCCCUGGAGAAAGAGGAGGAGCUUGUUGUGAAGCUGGGCUCCAUCCUUUGUUAUUUUGGCAUUGAAGAGGACGAUGUGCCCAAGUUGGCUGAAUUCAUAUUAAAGUACAAACAUGAGCCGGGAGAGCAGACGGAGGUCCGGAGGGGCAGAGAUGAGGAUGUUCGUGUUGAGUCGGCUGAAUCCAGCGAAAAGGAAGAGGAUGUGGAGACCGAGUCUAUGACUCGUUUGACCUGUGAACUCAUCAAUCCGAGCCAUAUUAUGCCCGCUCUAAAAAGUUUCCUCGAGCAGCACACGAGGUCCAGGGAGCGCUCAGCCAGUCAGAGUUUUCACGUGGAAGCCCGGGAAUCUUCAGAGGAUGAAGCCUACUGGGACAGUUUGGGCAAUAUAAUCUCUGACGACAAAGUGAAACUCUGGGACGCCGCAGGGAACAGACUGAAGCAGUACCUAGCGGUCCUGACAGAGAUCUCUGAGCUCGUCCCUGAGACUCAGAGUCUGGAGCAACAGAACGCAGAGCUCCGGAUGUUACUGCAACAGUCUCUGAACUCAAGAGUAUGUGUGUGUGUGUGCGUGUGCGUGUGCGUGUGUGUAUGGAUCUGUUGUAGUUCUCUUAUGUACAUCACACUGAUUUCCAGAUAUUUAAUGAGAGCGAGGGUUGAGGAACUGUACGAGCUAUAGUAUAGAACUAAGUAUGAAAUAGUAAGGUAUUAUAAAGUAAGGUGCAUAAUAUAUUCAUGUAAUGUAGUGUUUUUUUAAUAAUUAUACACCUUGUAUUCGCUAAAACUAGUAAUUGCUUAGUCAAUCGACUAUCGACUAACUACAUUUAAUUAAAGUAGGUAAAUAAGAUUGGAAAAUGCUUUUCUUUGCAACAUUUGAGGCGCACAUUU